CCCGUCACCAGGCUCGGCGGCGCGGCUCCCGCGGUCGUCACCGGCUGGCGGCGCCGCAGCAGCAGCGCGGCUCACUGCCUCCCAUACAACCCCACGCCCCUGCCCCCACCAACCAGCCCUAGCGACUCGCGGUGCCCCGACCUGACCUGGCCGGCCUCGACCUCGGGGGCUCGGCCGCCUGAGACGCCAACUCGCUCGCUCGACCGGCCGUCCCUUCAGUCCUUCACCCUUGUGCUCACUGCUCUACAGGACUACUCAAGGUUCAAAUCCUGGGUCUGCCACUCCCAGACGUGCCGCCGUCCAGUGCUUCCCAUCGCCGCAGCCAUGCUCAGGCAUCUCCGGCGACCCCUCCGCGCUUUUCACCGCCUAUCCACCACCGGACACGCAGCCUGCGAUCCCAUCCCUCUCCACUGGUUCUGGAGUUCGCAUAUAGUGCCCAUAUCUGGUUGGUAUAACAAGCAUGCUACUAGAGAAUUCUCUACUUCCGAAAAAGUUACCAGAGGUCGAGUAUAUCAGCCGGAGGAGUUAGAACCAACUACACCUGCAAAGGAUACUGAUAUAAUAAUUGAUCGCAUAAAAAAGAGCACAAGGGAAUUGGAACGAGGGCCUAUUGGAAAAAAAUUGUCUUCGGCGGAGAAAAGAGAAUAUCUUGUCAAUACUCUCCUUGGCCUUGAAGAUUCAAGAGAAGUUGUUUAUGGCACCCUUGAUGCUUGGGUUGCCUUUGAGCAGGAUUUCCCUCUGGCUCCACUAAGGCAAGCACUUCUAGCUCUUGAAAAGGAGGAACAAUGGCAUAGAAUUGUCCAGGUGAUAAAAUGGAUGCUAAGCAAAGGGCAAGGAAACACAAUGGGAACAUAUGAGCAAUUAGUGCGUGCACUUGAGAAGGAUAAUAGAGCUGAGGAAGCACAUGGAUUCUGGCAGAAGAAAAUAUCCCAUGACUUGCAUUCAGUUCCUUGGCGUUUCUGUCAUCUAAUGUUGGCAAUCUAUUACAGAAAUAAUAGGCUAGAUAGGCUCGUGAAGCUCUUCAAAGAACUAGAAGCAUGUGGUCGUAAACCUCCACGCAAAGAUAUUAUACGGAAAGUUGAAGAUGCAUAUGAAAUGCUUGGACUAAUAGAAGAAAAGAAAAUGUUGCUUGAAAAAUACAAAGAUUUAUACAACAAGCCAUCUCGGGGUGAUCGAAAGAAAGGCUCCAAAUCCAAAAGGACUGAGAUGAAUAAGACAGGCGAGUAUCCCCCCAAGCUGCAUGAGCUCAAUUUAUAUGCUAGGGCACUAUAAAUCACAACGAUAUUAUUCUGUUCUCAGUGGAUGGCGGCAAGAUGGAAACAUCUGGAAAUCUUCAAGUUGAUGAGGAAACUGCUGCCACCAUUAAGUCAUGACAAGAGGUGAUGUAAAGUAUGCAGUUGAUGAGUUUUAAUUCACAGUUGUGUUUACAUCUCCCUUAUUCUGUUCUGCUUCUAGACUCAUUACUGAUCGAUUGACCAGGCUAUAAGACGAGACAAAAACUGGAUGCUGCCAGCAUUAACUAUCUUAAAUGCUCUCAGUUCAUGUCUAGCUGAUGCAGACAGUAGCGUGCCCCCUAAUUUGUGGGACAAGCCACCACUUUUUUUUUUCCUGAUGCUGUCCGUAGUUUGCAGUAUUCUGAAUUUUAUUUUGGUAAACCUGCUUGGGCGAAACAGACCAUCCCGGCUGGCAUCAAUGGUUACUAUUGGUGUUGUCUAUCCAUGGACCCAUGGUACAAAGGGCGGGCAUUUGUAUUUGUUGAGAAACUGAAAAUUUUGGUUUGUUACUAAAUGAUGAGUAUAGGCGCAUCCCGUUCUUUUUGGCACCA